ACUCCUUCAAGACUGUUGGAAAAGCAUUCCAGGGGCCCGUGGAGAGGUUCAGGGAGAGGAGCAGACCUCUGGCACCGACCCUGGAAGAGAGGAGGGACCACCUCAUAGAGAGAAGGGGCCACAACAGAAGGAGGACGGAACAAUGCCAUUGGACAUCUGCCUUGGGACAGAGCCAUGACCAGUCUGGAGCCAGACAGAAGACUGGACUCCACACUCUGACUGAAACCUUCAAGCACAAACACAACCAUGCUUACAUGACCAAUUGACCGCUGGGCCUUAUCCAUCCACCAUCCAUCUGAUCCAUCCGGCCUCCUCAGCACAUUCCAUUCCACGCGGAUGGAUACGUCAAGUGAACCGGUCCGACUAGAGCACUGCCUUGGCCCUACCGUAACCCUGGCGACCUGGCUGUUAACAUAAACACCAGGCCUGACCUUUCACCUCUCAGCCUUACCUACUUAUCUGGGUAACCCUGGGAAGGUCUGGCCCGGACGACAUAGCCACGGUUUCCUGGUAUUUCUGUCUCGCUUUCUGUUUAUCUGUCUGUCUCUCUCACUCUUUAUAUAUUCUUCUACUGCCAGGGAAGCCCUGUCCAUCUGUCCUCAGCCCAUCCCUGACCCCUGAACCCUGGUAGAUUUUGAAGCCUUGCACUAGAUUAAGUGUCUCCAUUUGUGACCUCAUGUUCCCUUUGAGACUUGGGUAGAGACGUCUCUACAGGGAAAGACAAGGAAUAUGAUGCUGAUGUAGAAAGCUUGUUAAAUACAAAAGUAGUAUAUUGAGGUUAAUUCAUACAGUAUAAACACAUUAUCAGAUACAAAUAAAUGGAUUGCUGGCAAAUUUGUUUUAUGUUAAGAGCCCCUGCUCAUACUCAUGUUGCUAACCUGCCCUGUAUUAACAUUGAUCUCAUCCUUGUAUGUGUGCUCACGUAAUCAAAAUGCCCUCCAAAGGAAUGACAACAGCAGAAACAACAACAACGAAGCUGUCUGAUAUGAGUCCAUGUUGGGAGGAGCAGUCAGAAAUCUGUGGGGUGGGAUUCAUGUUGGUAAAACUCCUCCUGCUUUCUCGCUCCAGUUAAUCCCACCAGCUUGCCUCUGGGCCCGACCCCGUGUUUAUGUCUGCUGCUGCUCAAUGCUGUGCUCAUGUCAUUAUCAUCCGACGCAGGUGUGCAGGGGAGACCCACCUAAUGCACUACUAUAUCACCACCCCCUAAUUCACAAUACACUACCCCCGAUUCACCACUACACCACCCCCUAAUUCACAAUACACUACCCCCAAUUCACCACUACACCACCAUACUAAUACCCCAUACCAUGAACUGAGAGAGAGGACGAUUUGUUACAGGGGUUUACUUCCUAUUCACUAUCUUUCUCUCUCUCUCCCUCUGUUUUUCUCCUUUUUUUCCAUUUCUUUCUUGCUUGCUCUCUCUUUCUUUCUCAUCAUCAUCUGCGUCGCUAUAAAGUGAUUGACACUGGGGACCUCAACAGUGAGGCCCCUCCCCCCAGGGCAGGUCGACAUGUAGCUAAUGGGGGGAGGAGGGAGGGUUUUUGGCAUCCUCAUUCUGCAGAUAGGGACGCACACUGAGGAGAAUCCCUAUACGAGAGAGAGAGGGAAACAGAAGGAGAGAGAGGGGGGCCUGAAGAAAGGCAGAGGAGGAGAAGAAAUGAGGGAGAGAUACAUGAUGGACAGAAGAGAGAGGUAGUUAUUGAGGGGGGCGAGGAACAGGGUGCAAGCAAGACAUAGAAGGCAGAGGGGAGAGAUGGAAGGAGGCAGUUCUUGUAUUUAGAUUUGGAUCUUGAAUUUGUGGUUUAAACACACACUGACUGGACAACAGGAUGUAGCUAGCCUGAGGCUAUAGUCUUCAUCAACACCACUCCAGUCCUCCUGUCUGUCUGUCCCACCAGUGUACUUCCUGUGGCAGCCCUGGGCCUGGUCUGGAAGGUCAUCUGAUGGGUUUUCUUAAAGCAGCACACACAUCCUCUGGAGACUAGGGCUGUGUCUCAAAUGGCACCCUAUUCCUUAUAUAGUGCACUACUUUUGACUAGGGUCCAUAGCACUGAGGUACAAAAGAACUGGCGACUGCGUCCAAGAUGUCCGACCGUUGAAUCUACUCGCGUUUGCAUACGCCGAUUUCAUGCACCGUCUAUAUCCGGGUUGCAUCCGGUUUACACGGCCCGACUUCACUUGCGCACUAGCACUCAGUGCACACAGGGAGCAGCGACGACGUCGUCACGCCAUCCAAAAACAUGGUAGACAUUGGAUGAAUUUAAAAUGUUAUCUUCGGCUGUGAGUGAUGGGGGGGAAAUUGUCCUCAGCGACAAUUCUUUGAAUAAUUCAAUGGAUGUUUUGUGCACAAAGAUGAUGACUAAAGUGUCUUAUUAGGAAUUUUCUAAUUUGACUUCUCCAUGUGGCCGUCUAUGGAAAUAGUCUUUCUGGACCGGGCGUCAGUUAAACUGCAGUACCGAAGCAAGACUGUAGAAGCGGUCGAAACCGUGCUUCUAGACCAGAACCCUGGCCCCUUGGUCCAUAGGACUCUGGUCAAAAGUAGUGCACUAUAUAGGGUGUCAUUUGGCACGCACUCUAGGAGCGUAGCUGCAGCUACUCCUCAGUUAUAACACAGCAGCUGAAGUGGUGUAACACUGCUAUCAAUUCUGAUCAACUCAGAAUACUGAACAGUUAGUGUCUACUCAUUUUAUUCUCCCUCAUUCUCCAUUCCAUCUCAUCGUUGUCUUUGGGUCGCAAGACUGAGUGAGAACAAUCUUUCCUGUGAGAAGUCAUCAGUCUGAUUCAAGCAGACAGCAGGCCCACACGCUGCCUGUGGUUGGUUGCUCUGCUUCGUCUCGGCAGCAUAGCUUUCAUAGUUCUAUAAGGAGUUUUCGGGAGGGAAGGUGUGAGGCCCCACUCUCCUUUCUGUGGGGGGUAGGCUUGGUGUCAACAGACAUCUUUGCUUUGUGCCAAACUGAGGGAGAGGGAAUGGGGGAAAGUAAAGGGGUGAGUCUAUAUCGUGCCCCCCUUUAUACACUCCCUCCCUUUAUUCCCUUUCUUUCUCUUGGGGUUCAACUGUAAACUCAGAGUUGAUGGGAGGAAGGUUAGCCUGCCACUGUCAAAAUCACUCUCACACGAACACACACACACAGACACCAUUUGUACCCCCUUCAUGUCCUGGGAGCAUCCUUGAUAUCCCACCGCACUACUCUACUGAACGCCCGGCCCAACAGCCAAACUCACAGUUGAAUUGGAAUCGACUAUCCAAACAGAGAGGGAAUAUUUUCAGUUGCAUGGAGUUAAGGUGCUGUGUGGACACUGUAUACAUAUUCUGCUCUCACUCAGAAACACUUCCAGGUGUUGAACAAUGUGCUUUUGACUCUUUUUUUCUUGUUUCCCUCUUUUGAAAUGAAAGCAACCUUUGGUUCAGCCCAUGUCCUUUGAAAGUGGAUAGAAUGGUUGGGUGUAGGUUACGUGAGAGAAAUGAUACUGUGAAAUGUUUCCCUUUUUAUUUAAAUCUAGAGCCUGGUGGUUAAUCUGAAUGUGGCUGGUAUGUUGCACAGAACUUGGACACAUUAACCCACGACUGAGACAGGUCUAGGUCUAGACCUCCAUGCCAGGCCAGAUGAUGAAGAGCCUCCAGUUUAGAAGCAUCGCCCCCAAGGCCCCAGCAGCGGUGGUUCCCUCCCCAGCCGCCAUCCUGUCCUGCCAGCACCCCUCUGCCCUCCCGGAGGCAGCCUCCACAGCCGUCAGCCCCAAGUCUAUCCUGGUCCCGGCCCAGAACUAUGCCCUGAUGCAGGUGGCAGGGCAGGAGGGUACCUUCUCUCUGGUGGCCCUGCCGCCUUCCGUAUCCCCUCAGUCGCCGCAGCAACAACAGCAGCAGCAACAGCCAAUCCAGAAGAACCUGAAGCUGCCCAUCCCCAGGUUCCAGCCAAUGAGGACCAAGAACACCCCGGAGAAGGUCAAAUCAGCCACGCCCACCGGUGGCAGCACCAGGGGGGUGAGGACACCCGCCAAGGUUGCCUUGACAACCCGGGACCAUCGGUCAAUAGCAGCCGUAAAGAAGAAGUUGUCAUUGGCUGAGCCCAAGGAGGAGCCAUCAGAACAGGUCAUACUGAUCGACUCCUCAGCCUCCUCUGAGCUCUCUGCCCUCACAGCCCUGCUCCCAGACAACGCCAUGCUCUACACUGGCUCUCCUCUGGAGCGAAUAUCAGUGGUGGACACCACCCCCGACCACCGGUCCACUCCUGCCCACGCCCCCGGCCCUGUCACCAGCAUGCUGCAGAACCUCCACUACCCAUCUGGUGGCAUUACUAAAAGUUCCCCGGUCGAACCAUCACAGGAUGAGAGCAGCGGUAAGGUUGCUAUCAGGUCGUGCCAACCCAAGCCUGUAGCCCAACAGCCCCAUCCACAGCCAGCUAGUAGCAGCAUCACUGUCCUCUCUCCAGCCAUCUUCAGCAAAGCUGUCCAGAUCAUCUCCUCCCCACCCAAGGGCAAGCUGCCCAUCCUGCCCUACUCCAAGAUGAAAAGCACCCUCAUACCCACCGCCAAACUCAACCUCAAUGCCAUGUCCCCCAAGAAGGCUUUCCCUAGCCAGCCUGACCUCUCCCCUUAUCCCUCUGAUCCCCAGUCCAAGACCCCGGAGACUGCUGAGGCCCUAUGUCAGAACCACAUGCCAAACUCCCUGCUGCAGAGUCAGCCUCAGGCCAAGACCACAGGCACCCUGUCGCUGCUGGGAACGCUACAGAUCCAGAAACCGUCAGGCAAGAAGAGGGGGAGGAAGAGGAAGACAAUGGAGGACAUUCUGGCCUUUGAGGCGAGGAAAAAGAGGUCCUUGUCGUUCUUUCGGAGGAGGGUGCCAGAGAAGCCUUCUCUCUCAGCCGUCAUCUCCUCCCCGCUGUCUAAACAGCAGAGGGAGGUGGACAUCUCUAAGAAGUACCGCAGCAUCAGACCCAAGCCUCACCACAUGCUGCUGAUGGAGACUGUACCCCAGCUGGUCAGCCUGCCCUCCCUCACCUCCUCUGACAGCCUGGAUUCAGAGCUCCUCGUGGGGCAUCAGUUCUCUGCCGAGGUCCUGGAGCCCAGUCCUGCCCAGCCCCAGCCAGCCUCUACCCCGCUAUACCUGAAAGGGGGCCCUUCUCAGAGGGUCUACCUGGGCAGUAGCCAGCCCCUCCACCGCUGCCCUACCUGCAGCCGCUGCUUCCAGUUCAAACACCACCUCCAGAGCCAUAUGAACAGCCACACCAACAGCAGGCCUUACUUGUGUCCUGUGUGUCAUAAGGCCUAUGCUCACUCUGGCUCCCUCAGCACCCACAUGAAGCUGCAUCACUCUGACGGGAGACCACGGCGGACGCUUCGCUGUGACUUCUGUGAGAAGGCGUUUGGCUACGUGGGUGUGUACUUCGGCCAUUUGCGGGAGGUGCAUAAGGUCAUCCUGACCGUGGAGCCGUCCGUCAGCCAGCAUGAAGACGACGUGCCUGUGGAGGGGGCCAUGUCUCCAGACCUGGGGGACGAGCAGGGCCAGGAGGAGCGUGAGGACCCGGUGGAGCUCCAGAUCAAGUGUAGCCGCUGUCAGGCCAUCACCCCCACCUUCGCCGACAUGAAGCUACACCUGCUCUAUGUGCAUGGGGAGGAGGUCCAGGUGUGCCUGCAGGACUGGGCUGGGGGGGUGGGAAGGUCACUGCGGGGGGGCCGGGAGGCAGAGGAAGAGCUGGUGAAACAUGCCGCCCACUACUGGCGCCAGCUCAAUGAGAAGAGGAACCUAGUCCGGUGUGGGAGCUGUGAUGAAGAGUUCUUCUCCUUCUCCAAGCUGAAGCGUCAUAUCCUCUCCCACCACCAGGGGGGACCGGAGGAUGAUGGAGAGGGGGAGCCGACCGGCCCCUCAGCCCGGGGAGGGAGUGGGGUCCUGAGGCAGGGAUUGGUGUUUAACUGUGUGCUGUGCAGCCAGGUCCUGGACAGUAAAGAGGAGGUGAUGGAGCACUGGAGGGGCCACCACCACUGUGAGGAGACCCAGGUACUCUGGGAGGCCCUCGGCUCCUACUCGGGAGAAAGGGAGAUGGACUUGCCCGACCACAGCACAUGUUAACAUUGCACUGGACACGUUCCAGGUCGUCUUUGUUGCAGUCACGCUGCACAUCUCAGAAUAUUGACUUUACUUAUUCCUUCUAGCCUUUAAAGAAGCGAAUUGCCAGAACAGUGCAUUUAAAAGAUUGAAAUAUCAUAUCAAUGUGGUUUCUGAGGUGUUAAAAAACACUUCUCCAGGCAUUGUGAGAUCUUAUAAUCGGGGCGGGCUGACUACAAUCAAUAUGCCCUCGAACGUACCCACUAUUUGUGUCUGUCUGAUCUGAUCAUGCGCUGUGUGCUGCUCUCAAACACACCCAGUUAGUCCCUAUUCACACUAUCCAGCCGACCCCGACCAUGCAGUACAUUUUCAGCAACUAUGGUGGCUGGGUAACCACUAACCAUGCAAGUAUAGCUCACCUCAGUAUGGUGAAUGGGUAUUAGUCCAUACAGAGGUCAGUUAUAGCACAGGUUAAUUUGUUAGAGAAUUCACUUGAUACAUUACAAAUUAUUAUUUAGUUUUUUUGUGGACUGCACUGUUUUUUUGUUUUGUGUCAGUGUUGAUUUUGUGUUUAGUUUUUUCUAUGUUUUAAUAUUUUUGUUUAAUAAAAUGGAAAGGAUUUGGU